AGAGGGCAGCGCUUACUUGACCGAGUAUGAAAAAUAACAUUCAUAUCAUGUGUCAGUAGAAAUGUUCACAUUUUAACCUACAAUAAUUCUACUUCCAGCGGGAGAAAACACGUAUGGCCAGGCUUCUUUAUGAUGGCGAGCUAAGGAAAAAAGGCAUCUAGUCCAAGGAUCGUUCUUGGGAGAUUCCAGCCAGGAACCCCACCACCUGUUCUGUCUGGGCUGUGGUCCCGUUUGUGUCAUUUGACCUCAUUUCUGCCCCGUGAUGGUGUCAGUGACCCCUGUUGCAAGCUGAAGGAGAUUCCCAAUCUGUACACAAACAUGUCAAUGAUUGUUCCGCAGCAUCCUCAACAAAGGAGUUCUACAAUACAAACCUAAUGGCCAAAGCUCUGUACGACAACAUGCCCGAGUCCCCAGAGGAGCUGGCCUUCCGGAAAGGGGACAUCCUGACCGUGAUCGAACAGAACACCGGCGGCCUGGAGGGUUGGUGGCUCUGCUCUCUGCACGGCCGCCAAGGCAUCGCCCCCGGCAACCGUCUAAAGCUGCUCAUCGGGCCCAAGUUCGAGGCCCAGUCGCCGGUCGCUGCCGCCGCUGCCCAGCCUAAUUCCGGCUCGGGGGCUCAAGGCCUGUACCAGGUGCCGCCUUCCCUGCAGAGUCCUCAGCAGCAGAGCAUCUACCAGGUGCCUUCGGCACAAGAUGUCUACCAGGUCCCACCAAGGAGUACCCUAGCUGCUGAUAACACACCGAGCAAGGUGGUGACCCCCACCCGAGUGGGACAGAUGUACACGUACAGUCCAGGACAGCACAACCAGCAGGACCUCUAUGAUGUCCCACCCAGCAGGUCACAGGGGGUGUAUGAUGUCCCACCUGGUCAGAUGGCAGGCGCACGGAACCAAGACAUCUACGACGUGCCGCCGUCUCAAAGUGAUGUCAGGACAGGACAGGACGUGUAUGACGUCCCUCCUUCUUCUUCACAAGCGGUCUACUCGGUGCCGCCCUGCAGAGCAAGUCCUGCCCAGCAGGAGGGCACUUAUGACUUCCCUCAGCCCUUGAAGCAGCUGCAGGAAGGCAUCUAUGACGUGCCACCGCCCGCCCUCAGCAAACCCGCCCAGAACCCUCAGUCGCAUUACGAUUUCCCCCCCAGCAUGGAGCCGUCGGGCCAUCACCAAGCGCAGAACAGCACGGACGAGGGGAUCUACGAUGUACCACCCACCGCCCUCCUUUCAGGGGGGGCGGGCUCUCAGAGCGACGUCUACGACGUGCCGCGGGGCAUGCAGCUGCCCCAGCACAGAGGUGUGGCGUCCGGCCGAGACAAAGGCGUGUACGACAUCCCCGCUCAGGAUUCCCGCGCUGUGGCCGACGUGACAGACGGCGUCAACCGCCUGUCCUUCUCCAGCACAGGAAGCACGCGCAGCAGCAUGUCCACUUCCUCCUCGUCUGCGGGCUCCGCCGAGGGUCGCCUGGCUGUGGACGUGGACACGGCCGUGCAGAGGUUGCAUCGUCUGCAGCAGGCUGUGGACGUGUCAGUGGGGGCUUUGCACAGUAUGGCGGCGUCCCCCCACUGGAGGACUUUUCCCUUCAUGGAGCGCCACGCCAACGACGUCCGCACGGUGUUGGACAAGAUCCGGGCGAGCGUGGGGGACUUUGUCGUCUUCGGAAGAGGAGCCGCGGCGAACGCCACCGCCCUGUCAGACUCCACCCUGCACAGCAAGAUGAGACGGCAGCUGGGCCGCCUGGAGGACUCGCAGCAGAUCCUCCUGCAGAUCUACCAAGUCCUGGAGAACAGCUGCUGGGCAUUGAACACGUUGGCCGCCGCCAAGCAUCACAACAAGAGCGACGAGCUGGACCGCUUCGUCAUGGUGUCCAGAACCGUGCCGGACGACGCCAAGCAGCUGGCGUCCACGAUAGGGAACAGUGCAGAGCUGCUGUUCAGGCGCACACAGACUGAGGGGUCCUUCUCCAACAGCAGCACGCCUGAUGAGAACAUGAGUCACCCACUCACCUCGCCGUCCUCGGACAGCGACACCUACAAACCUUUUCCUGUCACCUCCAGCCAGGACAAAGACAACAUGAACCACAGUGAGAAGUGUGUCAAGAGCUGGAUGGAAGACUACGACUACGUGCACCUGCAGGGCAAAGAAGACUUUGAGCGCCAGCAGAAGGAGCUGCUGGAGAAAGAAAACAUCAUCAAGCACAAUCAAGCUCAGCUGGGCCAAGAGCAGAUCAACCAGUUGAAGAAGCUGGAGCAGGAAGUGAUCAAACCGGUGGAGAACGACAUGUCUCAGUGGACGUGCCACCAACACGCCAGCAGGACCCCGCAGGCAGAGACGUCCUCCGCGCCCACGUCGGCGCGCACGUGCGCCCGGGACCGCCAGCUGCUGGGCUUCUACUCGGAGCAGUGCGAGCAGCACUUCGUCACGCUCCUCAGCGCCGUGGACGCCUUCUUCGGCUGCGUGAGCGCCGGGCAGCCGCCGCGCGUCUUCGUGGCGCACAGCAAGUUCGUCAUCCUCAGCGCCCACAAACUGGUGUUCAUCGGCGACACGCUGUCCCGGCAGGCGUCGGCGCCCGAGGUGGCCAACCGGGUGAUGAACUCCAGCAACGUGCUGUGUGACUUGUUGAAGACGGUGGUGGCCGCCACCAAGACGGCGGCGCUCAACUACCCCAACACGGCCGCCAUCCAGGAGAUGGUGGACAGAGUCACGCACCUGUCGCAUCACUCACAACACUUCAAAGAACAGCUGCUGCAAAUGUCCAAGUGGUGAUCCUUCUUCUUCUUCUUCUUCUGUUGUACAAAGUUCUCCUUGUGUAAAUAUUUCUGCCAUUUUGCUGUAGAUUUAUUUUCCCCAUAACAUUCCAGUCAUUUAUUAUAAAGCACCUUAUGUUCAUUUCACACAUAGUGUUGUUGUUGUGACAGUAGUUCCUCUAUCAAUUUAAUAUUUCUGUGUUUCUAUGUGGGGGGUGGGGGGGGAUUAUUCU